AAAGUGUCAAAAUUCUAAUGUCAAUUACUGUCAUUAUUCAUGCCUCAUUUGCGGUUGUUCAGCGUUUAUAUUUUGGUUUAGAUUGUUUUGUCUCAGUAAACGUUAAACAAUACCUUUCUAAUAUAUUACGCAGCACGUUUAGUAGGAAGUACAUUUCAAAGGUACUUACUAAUAAUCCUGGAUUAAUAAAUAAGUAAAUAAAAUGAACGCUCCGCCAACAUUCGAAUCAUUUUUACUAUACGAUGGAGAGAAAAAGGUUCAGAAAGAAGACGACACUAAAGUGACCAAUGCGGCAAUAUUUACAGUCAACAAAGAAGACCACACACUUGGAAACAUGAUCAGACACCAACUACUGAAAGACCCAAAGGUGUUGUUUGCAGGCUACAAAUUACCGCAUCCCUUGGAACAUAAGUUUGUAUUGAGAAUACAAACAACAUCGGACUAUACUCCACAAGAAGCAUUCAUGAAUGCUAUAACUGAUUUAACAUCUGAGUUGUCCCUGUUUGAAGAAAGAUUUAAGGAAGCAAUAAAGGAGAAGAAGGAAGGCUUGGAUUAAAUUUGUUGGAAAUGGAACAAAAAUUUAAGAUAGUUCAUAAAGAUUUUUACAUUAUAAGUACAUUAUAAAUUCUUUUUAAAUAGCA